CACGACCCUACGAUAACAGUACCAUUGCUCGUUCCUGAACAAAAUUCAGCUACCAGUUUGUCGGAAGGAAGGGUAAUUUUAUUGUAGACGUUACGAUGCUGAAAGGGUCGUUACAAGCAGGAGGACGAUCAUAGAUCAACGUCGUCUACUAGCGAUGUUAGGUUAAACAGUAAAUCAUUGAUACUUGUAGUUGUUCUAGUUUUACUGAUGGAGUUCUCGAGCGUAUUUUUCAGUCUAUCGUAAGUUUCCUGGUAAAAAUGGGCAACACGUGUUGCGGCGGGUCGCGACCGGGCCACGAUGACCAUAAAACAAAGAAGACAUCGGCCCCCACUCUCCAGUACCGCCCGCAGUACGGGGCACAUCUGUACGAGCCCAGCGUGGGUUCCGACUUUGCGAUCGAGGGUGGAGCAAGCUUGCGCGUGGUCGAACAGGCUCUGUAUCGUCCCGAUGGACCGAUAGAUGCGAUAAGCGGCGGGCGCAUUGUUUUAACGCUGUGGAGUUCCGGGAUGGGCACGCAGGGGGAGCCGUAUCAUUUUCGUUCCACGAAAUUUUGGACGAAAAACGUUGUGGGUGGCACGCGGCGCGUCCAUAUCCUGGGUCUGGACAAGGUGGAGGUGCUUUUGUCUCCGCAUGGCCGCAAGGUCAUCGUUUCAGUGGACAACGUCUUUUUGAAGCCAACAAGUGGACGUCUGGGUGCUGGUGGUCAGUAUGUCUUGGAGCGAUCGAGGUUGGAGACCGAGGGCGCGCUGGCCAUACAGCUCAAGGGCUUGCAGAACCGACCGGAAUUGAAUGGUGCGUCCAUCUAUGGAGAAUGGGAGUAUACUGAGGCGCAUUUAAGGCGUACAAACCGAGUAGUCGAGGCCUUUAUACGACCUGUUUCGUACGUCGUGGAAGGGCUGGUUGGUGAGGAGACGGGUAAGCGUUUCGUUCUACCUCACGAAAAUCUCUGCGGCGAUGUCGUUGUAGACGGAGAUAGCACUAAAGAAUACAAAGCCAUGCAGAUUAUCUCCAAGCAAAAUCGCGAUAUUCAUCUUCAAGAUGCCCGUGCGACCUCACAGAGUACUGCCACUUCGGUUCGUAUUCCACAGACACAUCAUAAUCAUCAAAACCAAAUCCAAAAUGGAGCGGGGCAUGCCAACAACUUAGCACUUACUCCACAUCAACGACCGGAAGCAGCACGGCAAGGACUCUAUCCUAGCCUUGAUGUCAACAGCAAUAGGGGCAGCACGCCGGGUCUAGAAGCACAACGCAGAGGGGAAGGCUGCAUGGUCCUGCUAGAAACGGAGAAACGACUCGAAGGAUUUGAUAAGAACCAGCCUAACGCCCGUAUCGAAGUUGAGGAGAUGCAGAUCAUUUUGGACAACCUUGAGAAUCUAAACGAGGAAGAACGAGGAGAUCGUCGGCGAUUAUUGCGACGUCUCUCGGAUGUCCUUAAGUAAGAAAAUCGUCCCUGUGCCUGUCGAAUACGCUUGGUUCUCACCUGUUGUAGUUAGAGGGUCAGCGCCCUUCCCCUUGUCGCUCACGCCCUUACAACACGCGACUUAUUAUGACCAACAUUAGCUUUGGCGUGUUUCUAUGUAUUUUGUGUUUUUGUGAAUGCUUAAGCAGAACCAGUAUAACCAGAGACGUUGAUGACUAUACCGCCGGCAUUAGCGCCCAACUCCAAAAAUCGUAUGCAUAGAUGGCGAAGGCAGACGAAGAUAUUCUUUGUCACCUUCCCUCUUCGCAUCUGAAUGGAAGAACUGAGACAGCUUUUCGCUUUCGCAUCCCUCGACGAGAGCGGUUCGGGUUUUUACAUCCAGCUACUGGCAGUCACCACAAUCUUGUGAUCAACGUCAAUUCUUAUCUAUCGAUCUAUUUAAAAGUUCGACCUAUAAUCGUCCAAAGACGGGACCGCAUUUGCUAGAGUAGUUCUAGUUGACCAACCCACUUUCAGAAGCCAUUUCCAUUGCACUUGGACCGAAACAGAAGCAUUGUUCUCGUAGCUGCUGAGUCUGACGUUGUUAACAGGAUUGAUGUCGACCUCUCUCGCACCGGGAUAUUGCUGGAUCUUAGUAGUACUAAUCAAGAAAAUAGAAAUCGAAAUGAGUUGCUCAUGAUAAUCAUAUGCGGGCACGACCUCGCGCUGAUGCUCGCUUUUGUUGUUCCAAAUGCAAAUUUGACGUUGAAUCCAAAUUUUCACGAAAAAGUAGGGAUUACUGAUAGAGACAGGGUGAAUAGUAGAAAGAGUAUAAUGUGAAAGAAUAUAAACAAGUAUAAGCCACGAG